AAGUCAAAUCGUAGAGUGGGAAGCAAACAAAAUUGUUUACAUGUAUAAAUAAUAUUAGUUGCAAGCAGAUAUAGUGAAGAAGAGAGAGAAUACAGAACAGAUAGAUCUUAGCUAAAUCCAUGGCGGCGACGAUAGCUGUUUUCUCCGGUGGUCUGAAAAUGAAGGCUGGAGUUCUUGCCGUCCAAAUCUCAGCACUUCCUCUUCGCCGCGAAUUCGCCCGUUUCUUCUCCUCUCCAUCGAAGGUAGUACCGGCAAUCUCCUCAUCUCUUCGAGUCUCCGCCGUUUAUAACCAUCACCAACGUAAUCGAAGCUCUUGUUCACGACUUGCUACUUUCUGCACGGCAGCUCCCGACGCAGACACAACGGUUUCAACGGAUGAAUCGGAGAAGAAGAGUGAACCUCAGAAGGAAGAGGAGAAUGUGAAAGAGACGGCGAAUCUGUUGGAUAUUAAAGUAGGACGAAUUGUGAAAGCUUGGCAACACGAGGAAGCAGAUUCUCUAUAUGUUGAAGAAGUCGACAUUGGUGAAGCUGAGCCCAGAAUCAUCUGUAGUGGUCUCGUCAAAUACGUUCCUCUCGAUCUCCUUCAGGGUGCAUCAGUAGUGGUGCUGGCUAAUUUGAAGCCGAGGAAUAUGAGAGGGGUUAAGUCAUGUGGUAUGCUCUUAGCUGCAUCUGACUCUGCUCAUGAGAACGUUGAGCUUCUUGUUCCACCACAAGGCUCUGUUCCUGGAGAUAGAGUGUGGUUUGGCAACGAAGAUGAUCUCGAGCAGCUUCCUGAACCUGCACCUCCUAAUAAGGUUCAAAAGAAGAAAAUGUGGGAAUCGGUGCAGCCACUUUUAAAGACUGAUGCAUCUGGUGUUUCGAUGCUUAAGGAGGAGCAUUUGAUGCGAACAUCUUCUGGUCUUGUUACUUCACAAUCUUUAAGAAAUGCUAACAUUUCUUGAUUUUUAUGUUAGAGCUAUAUUAAGAUGUUGUUUUGACAAAGAGAGAAAGAAAGAACACGCCUCCAAAGGCAAUUUUUUUUCAUUGCAAACAAACUUAUGUUUUUGUUGAUCAAUCAAAUAAGGUUAUUACGAAUCACAAACAAUUGUAGAAGGUACAAAACAAAUAUCAAAAC